AUGAUGGUGAAACAGCAACUCUUCCUGGCAGUAGUUUUAAGCGCCUUUUUGCUAGGCCAGGCUCCGGCCACCCUCUUAGCUGCAGAUUCUCCCACUGCUCGACAAUUGCCCGGCACGCCUCCUCCUCCGCCGCCGCCGUCAUCGCAACGGAGACACGAGCAAUCUCGUCUCCAUGACGAAAUGUUCCGGGAAUUCGAAGCUAACCUCUUGCGCCUGUUUGGCAUGAAAGAGCGACCAAAACUUGAUGGCAAGCCCAUCAUACCGAAAUAUAUGCGGGAUUUAUACAAUGAACACAAGGUGAACACGGAUCCGACCAGCGGACGUGGAUAUUUACCCGCCAACACUGUAAGAAGUUUUUAUCAUCAAGAUGAUCUUCCAAACAACUGCGAUGAAGAGAAUGGCUGGACGCUAACAUUUAAUGUUUCCAAUAUUGUUAAUGAGGAAAUUCUAACGGCGGCUGACUUACGCAUUUUUCUGGAUUCUUCUAAAAUCCAACGAGACUCUUUUAGUACUGGGGGUGAAUUUAACAACGGAACAAGCACUCGGUAUUACAACUGCAAUGUCAACCCAAAUAUCAACGAUAGCAUUGAAAACAAAAACGCGUGUAAGAAGAAACUUUCUCUUCGGGUCGAAGUUCACGAAAUCAUGGCCCCAACCAGCCGGCGUCGGACAGGGGAGUGCAUUACGCGGCUCCUCGACACAAAAUUAGUGCAGAGCAGCCAUAGCAGUCCUUCGUUGUGGCUUGUAUUUGACGUUCACCCAGCCGUCCACAAAUGGAGGCACUCUCCUCAAACAAACCAUGGCCUCAGCAUUCGCAUGUCGACGGCCUCUCGGAUGCCGGUCUCCGUGCAACCACACCAUCACAUCCGCUUAAAGCGAGAAGCAAAUAUGGAACACGACGAUUGGCACAAUUCUCGGCCCUUGUUGAUCACUUACUCAGACGACGGCAAGGGAGCGCCCAUCUCCUCGCGCAAACGCCGGAGCCCGAAGAACCGACGUGAUCGCGGCAAGAAGAAGGGUCGUCGCUCGAGAAAGACGCAGCGUCGACGCAAAGCCAGUCUGGAAUGUCGACGACAUCCCAUGUACGUGUCAUUCAGUGAGGUGGGCUGGAUGGAAUGGAUCGUUGCACCCAGCGGCUACCAAGCACAUUUUUGUGAAGGGAAGUGUCUCUUCCCUAUAUCUGAUUAUUUGAACACUACAAAUCAUGCCAUCGUACAGACCCUGGUCAACUCCGUGAUGCCUAAUAAAAUUCCGCGGGCGUGUUGUGUACCAACAGAACUCAGUCCGAUUUCUAUGCUUUAUGUCGACGAGCAAGAAAAGUCCGCUCUCUCUCUCUCUCUCCCUCUCUCUCUCUCUCUCUCACACACACACACACACACACGCACACACGCUCUCUUUCUCCCUCUCAAACCUUGUUAUUCUCUUCCUCUUUCCCUCUCUAUUCCUUUAUACUUUUUUCCUUUUCCCUCUUUUUUAUCACGUCUCAUGCUCUCUUUCUUCCUCUAUCUACUUCUAUCCUUUUCUUUCUGCCUCUCGCUAUCAUGA